GCGACUGUGGUGAUGCCGGUGAUGCCCGGUGAGAAGGGGAAUUCCGGAACGAGGCGGGACAAGAGUGGGCUUUUGUACCAUCGAAGCUGGAUUUCGUCUCAUCCUCUGCCGUUUCCCGUACUACUUGCCUAUCAUAAGUCAGUCGUUACGCAGACGCAUCACUCGUCCGCCACGCAUCACUUGUUGUGCACCAAUACGGUAGACAGUUUCUGGAUCAAGUCAGCAUGUUUUCAUCUUCUUGGCGUGAACUUUCACGUAACUGGGGGCACGGAGCAAAUAGAUGGGGGAACCUGGAGAUGGGAGAGACGGGAGACAUGAGGCAGAGGAGAUGCAUGGGACGGGAGACGGGAGAGACGGAAGAGAUGAGGGAGAGAGGGAGACGGAGGAGAUGGAUGAGACGGGAGGAACGGGAGGAACGGGAGUGAUGGAGAUGGAGGAGACGGGGGAGACGAGGGAGACGCUUGAUGCACAAAUGGUGCGCGCGAUGGUGGUGUGCUGGUGAUGCUGGUGUUGCUGGUGAUGCUGGUGUUGCUGGUGAUGCUGGUGAUGCUGGUGAUGCAAAACGACGAGUGCUGGGUGAUGAGGGAUGUUUGAGAGGUUCUGGGGAAUUCGGGCUGAGGUUAGAGGGAGGAGCCGUGCUUUUGUAUCUGUCGACGCUGGGUUUCAGGGAAGGUUCCAACGAGGUCCACUCGAUCCCAGCGAACAUGUUUAUAUUGAUCCUUCUGGCCGACGAUGUGGCUCUUGACUACGGGGAGUGUACUCUAGGAUCCCAAGUUGUUGUCAGAGGAGACGAAGGAGACGAAGGAGACGCCGAGCCGGGACACGGAGCCGGGACACGGAGGACGGGGGACGGGGGACACGGGAGAGACGGGAGAGAUGGGGGAGAGAUCAGAGAUGGGAGGGACGAAACCCAGCUUCAACAGUUCGUCUUGGUAACACGUGACGGGCGCAUGAAGGAAGUUGUCAUGGGAUAUUGGGCUUGUCAUGGCAUCGCAAGUCCAUCCGUUGUCGCCGAAACCACGGGAGGCGUAUCCUCUGCCCACGCUUCAUUUGCAAUACCCUGCCUCCAUCGACGUGGUGGUCGUACGAGCCCAUCCCAUGUCGACACCUACCGAAUUCCCAGUGCUGCCACCCUCGGCCGCAGAGUCACAGGCCAAGUUGGAAGCAGCAGUUCGCUAACAACAAGAAACGACACCAGAACCGACCUUUUCCGACGACCUUUGCGUUCAAUCCUACGACUACCUAUGCCGAAUAGAAUACGGCUAAUUCGGACGGCCCAAGUCGGCCAGCUUCGAGCGACAAUCACCGACCCUGCGUACUAGACGAUCGAAGCCGAAUUUUACAAGCAAAAAUGGACUGAGCUGUUGCGGGAUGACUUCUUGACAAGGGCCGGUGUGUCAGAUCUAGCCCCAACCACAGCAACGUUCGGGCAGACUCGCCAAGUGGCCAAAGAAGCGCAACGAUAGGGUUGCAGUACAGAGCAACGGCAGAGUGCUCGACAGCCCCUCAGCGAGAGUAACGAAAGCAAAACGUCACCGGGGCACCGAUAAGCUACUGUCGACUACUGCAUAAUGAGCUAGCAGUUUGUAGCUAUAGCUGUCAAGCUGGCUCCAGUUACUACAGAUGGAAUACUAUCCAGUAGUAAACCAGUUUAGUAAUAAACUAUAUUAUAAGAUAAUAGCUAUUAAAAAUAUACAGCUUGGCUUUAUGAAGG